CACCACCAAAGAUGGGAGGCAGAAGCAAACGCCUGUUGCAUUCAGAGCUUCUGUUUGAAAGUAAUGGCUUUCCAAGCUAUUUUGAUGACACUAAACUUUUAAUUCUCAUUCAGUUUCGAUCUUCAAAUGUGUAGUUUUUAGUCUAUGGAAAAAAAUGUCUUGGGACGCAUGUCACACUUAAUUCAGAAAACAUGCUGCAUGAUAAUGUUUGUCUCUUUAAUUUUUGUUUUAAUUUACCUACUUGCAAAAAUGACCCCUCUGAUCAAUAUUGAUUUAAUUUACAUCUGUGUUGCUUGUUUACUCUGUUUGGUUAUGUUGUGUAAGCAUUACUUUAAAGAGAAAUUGACCUCUAACACAGUGCUCUUCUUCCUCAGACUGAUCUCUUUCCAGGAGUUUCUGGCCUUUGAGUCGGUACUUUGUGUCCCGGAUGCCCUUUUCAUAGUAGCCUUUCAGUUAUUUGACAAGACGGGAACAGGGAAUGUCUCGUUUGAAAAUGUGCGAGAUAUUUUCAGCCAGACCACUGUCCACCACCACAUCCCAUUCAACUGGGACUGUGAAUUCAUCAGGCUGCACUUUGGUCAUGACCGAAAGAAACACCUCAGUUACCUGGAGUUUACGCAGUUCCUGCAGGAGCUGCAGCUGGAACAUGCCCGGCAGGCCUUUGCACAGAAGGACAAGGGCAGGACCGGCACCAUCUCUGCCCUGGACUUCAGCGACAUCAUGGUCACCAUCCGUCACCACAUGCUCACACCUUUUGUGGAGGAGAACCUUGUGUCAGCUGUGGGAGGUGGCACCUCACACACAGUCAGCUUCUCCUACUUCAACGCCUUCAACUCGCUGCUGAAUAACAUGGAGCUCAUCCGCAAGAUCUACAGCACCCUGGCCGGUUCACGGAAGGACACACUGGUUACUAAAGAGGAGUUUGUUAAUGUCGCUAAUAAGUUUGGUCAGAUCACUCCAAUGGAGAUCGAUAUCCUGUACCAGCUGUCCAGUCUUCACUCCCACUCUGGGAGGCUGAAUCUUGCAGACAUCGAAAGGAUAGCGCCACUGGAGGAGGGCGCACUCCCGUACCACCUGGCCGAGAUCCAGAAACAGCAGGCGUAUGGGGACAUGGCGCGGCCUAUCUGGCUCCAGGCAGCAGAGUCUGCCUACAGGUUCACCUUGGGCUCUAUCGCUGGAGCCACGGGGGCAACGGCCGUGUACCCGAUCGACCUGGUGAAGACACGCAUGCAGAACCAGCGCUCCACAGGCUCCUUUGUGGGAGAGCUCAUGUACAAGAACAGCUUUGAUUGUGCCAAGAAGGUGCUCCGCUAUGAGGGAUUCUUUGGCUUUUACAGAGGCCUUUUGCCACAGCUCAUAGGUGUUGCCCCAGAGAAGGCUAUCAAGCUCACGGUGAAUGACUUUGUGAGGGACAAGUUCACCACGAAAGAUGACACCAUUCCUUUCUUUGCUGAGGUGCUAGCUGGUGGAUGUGCUGGAGGAUCCCAGGUCAUUUUUACAAACCCCCUGGAGAUUGUCAAGAUUCGGCUGCAGGUGGCGGGGGAGAUCACCACGGGACCCCGGGUCAGCGCGCUGAGUGUGUUGCGGGACCUGGGCUUCUUUGGCCUCUACAAGGGAGCGAAGGCCUGCUUCCUGCGUGACAUCCCGUUCUCAGCCAUCUACUUCCCGGUGUACGCCCACACCAAGGCGGAGCUAGCUGACGAACAGGGUCGACUGGGACCGCUGCAGCUGCUCGCUGCCGGCGCCAUCGCAGGUGUUCCUGCUGCCUCUCUGGUAACCCCUGCUGAUGUCAUCAAGACAAGGCUCCAGGUGGCAGCACGAGCCGGGCAGACGACGUACAGCGGAGUCAUCGACUGCUUCUGGAAGAUCCUGCGGGAGGAGGGCUUCAGAGCCCUGUGGAAGGGAGCUGGAGCCCGCGUGUGCAGGUCCUCGCCUCAGUUUGCUGUCACUCUGUUGACCUAUGAACUCCUGCAGAGAUGGUUCUACAUUGAUUUCGGAGGGCACCGUCCUACAGGUUCUGAACCCACCCCCAAGUCCCGGAUCUCCGAGCUGCCCCCAGCGAGCCCUGAUCACGUGGGGGGCUAUAGGCUGGCUGCUGCCACCUUCGCUGGGGUGGAAAACAAGUUCGGCCUGCACCUGCCCAAGUUCAAGUCGUCUGGUGUGGCGACAAUCCAGCCAUCUGCCCCUGGGGAGCCACAGGCCUCCUAGACUCAUGGUGCUUGUGCCUCCUGCAUAGUGGCUGCAUGCUUCUUCAACUGGAUAUCCCGAUCAUACAUCUCUAGGAAUUGUUCUCCAUCCUCCAUUCUUGUUGAAGCGGAGAUCUGAGACGAGGCUGCUCUGUUGCGACUUUGUUCUUGAGCAUCCAAACUAUAUUUGUUUUAUCUUCUGCAUGGUAGUGCUUUGCAUAGGUUGCACAUAUGGAUACUGUACAUAUUGUACAUCGGAGCAGAGAGCUGGAACUUGAGCAGAAUGACACUGUUCUUCCUCAGCACUGCUUCAGCUUAACAAGCAGUAUAUCCCUCCCUGUCGCAAUUGUAUACUGUGGCUUAUGUACAGGUGUUUUUCUGAAUUUUGAGAAAG